UAUAUGUUACUUAUGUAUAUUUGACAACUGUUGCUGUAACUUCGUAUAGAAAUUAUUUAAAAUAUUUUUUAUCAGUAUAUAUUGUACUAUAUAUUAAAUUGCUACCAAGAAAAUAGAAUUAUUAAGUUAUAGAAUUAUUUAAAAUCAUUGUUAAAAUGAACAAAUUAAUUUUUCUGAUUGUUAUUUUAUUAACUUUAUUAAUUAAUCAAGGAGAAAGCUUAUAUUGUUAUCGCUGUGAUAGCAAUCAUCCUGGGUGUGGCACACUUUUGAAUUGGUUAUGGUAUUGGGGAGAAACAUGUCCAGAAUAUGAUGAUAAAUGUGUAAAAAUUAUUGAAAGAAAAGGAGCUGAAACCAUGAUAACACGUGAUUGUUUAAGCUCUGUUCGUAGUUUUAGAACAGAUAUUCCAGCUGAUCGAUAUGAAGGUUGUCGCCCAGCUGCAAAAGAUGUCAGAUUAGGACAUUAUGUAAAUAAUUCUAUUUGGCAAUUAGAUAUUCACAGAGAUUAUUAUGAUGAAGUAACAUGGUGUUUCUGUUAUUUUGAUCAUAGAUGUAAUAGUUCUAAUAAUAUUAAUAUUUCAAUACUAUUGUUAUUUAUAGGUAUUGGAAUACAAUUUGCAAUAUAAAACAUUUAUGAAAUAUUAAAU